AUGACCAACCAAUACCUGUGGAUCGCCAUCGUUGGCGGCAUCGUCGCCUUCCUCACCGGAUGCGGUGUGGGAAUGAACGACCUUGCCAAUGCCUUUGGCACGACGUACGGCUCCCGCGUGUUGACGCUGAAGCAGAUUAUUGUUCUUGCCUCCGUCUGCGAGUUAGCUGGCGCCGUAUCUCUAGGCGGUGAGGUGACCUCCACGAUCUCCGGCGGCAUCGCCGACGCGUCACAGUUUGCGGGCGAGCCGUACGUUUUGAUGUACGGCAUGCUCUGCGCUCUGGGUGCUGCCUUUUUGUGGCUGCUGCUCGCGACUAUCUUGACC